CGGGGCCGGGCUGCACCUCGGGACAGCGCGGAGCGGGCAGGCCCCGGAGAGAGCUGAGCUGGGCGGCGGAGGAGGCGGCCACCUCGGCGGCGCAUCCCGGGAAGAGUCGGGACCUCCCCACCGCCCUCCUCCUCCCUCCACCGUCAGCAGCUCCUCGUCCCGCGGAGAGUGGAGCCGCCAGUGCCGCCCCGGCUGUGGCCCGCUGGCUGACACCUCCGGAGCGCGGGGUUGCGGGCACGGAGCUGGAGCUGCCCGCCUGGAGCGGAGGAGGGGGAAGGACCGCUUGCCUGCGCGGAGCAGCGGGCGCUGAGCGCCCGUCCCGGCGGCCCGGGAGCCACCCGGGGAAGGUGUCCUGUGACGGCCCUUGAUCAGAAAGGCUGCAAGUCAUGUAAAAGCCGCAGUAACUGCAGAGUCUCUGAUGGAUAAUUGGAUUGGACCAGAGGUGGAAAACUUUCUGUAGGGUAGGAUUGAAGAGCCCAAGUGAACCUACAAAGAAGUUCAACAGGAACAUAAGGAAUGUUAAAGGGAGUAAUAUGUGGGAGGCUGUGGACUAUUUGCUUCCGACAUAGGAACAACACUGGGCUUGGAAUCUGCACUCCUGAGAGAAUGCUGGGAAUCUGCAGAGGGCGACGGAAAUUCCUGGCUGCCUCUCUGACCGUCCUUUUUGUCCCAGCCAUUACAUGGAUUUAUCUGUUUGCUGGGAGUUUUGAAGAUGGGAAGCCAGUGUCACUGUCUCCACUUGAAUCCCAGCCCCACAGUCCUCGGUACACAGCGUCGAGCCAGCGGGAGCGCGAGAGCUUGGAAGUCCGCAUGCGGGAGGUGGAGGAGGAGAACCGCGUGCUGCGCAAGCAGCUCAGCCUGGCACAGAGUCGCAGCCCCUCUCACCACCAUGGCAAUCACUCCAAAACCUACUCCAUGGAAGAGGGGACAGGUGACAGCGAGAGCCUGCGGGCUGGCAUUGUGGCAGGGAACAGCUCCGAGUGUGGGCAGCAACCAGCAGUGGAAAAGUGCGAGACUAUCCACGUUGCCAUUGUUUGUGCAGGGUACAAUGCCAGUCGGGAUGUUGUCACACUUGUCAAGUCUGUCUUAUUUCACAGGCGAAACCCGCUCCACUUUCACCUCAUCGCAGAUGCAAUUGCCAAACAGAUCCUGGCAACUCUGUUCCAGACAUGGAUGGUCCCUGCUGUGCGCAUAGACUUCUAUGAUGCAGAUGAGCUCAAGUCGGAAGUGUCUUGGAUCCCCAACAAACACUACUCUGGGAUUUACGGGCUGAUGAAGUUGGUUCUGACUAAGACUCUACCUUCUAAUCUUGAGCGAGUCAUUGUCCUCGACACAGACAUUACAUUUGCCACUGACAUUGCUGAGCUAUGGGCCGUCUUUCACAAGUUCAAAGGGCAGCAAGUUCUUGGCUUAGUAGAGAACCAGAGUGAUUGGUAUUUGGGCAACCUUUGGAAGAAUCAUCGGCCCUGGCCAGCACUUGGGAGGGGCUACAACACAGGGGUUAUCUUGCUGCUUCUCGAUAAGUUACGGAAGAUGAAAUGGGAGCAGAUGUGGAGACUCACAGCAGAGCGGGAGUUAAUGAGCAUGUUAUCCACCUCACUGGCUGACCAGGAUAUCUUCAAUGCAGUCAUCAAACAAAAUCCCUUCCUUGUCUACCAGCUCCCAUGUUUCUGGAAUGUGCAGCUUUCUGAUCACACCCGUUCCGAGCAGUGCUACAGAGAUGUGUCUGACCUGAAGGUGAUUCACUGGAACUCACCAAAGAAGCUGCGAGUGAAAAACAAGCAUGUGGAGUUUUUCCGCAACCUCUACCUGACAUUCCUGGAAUAUGAUGGGAAUUUGCUGAGACGGGAACUCUUUGGCUGCCCCAGUGAGGCAGACAUUAACAGUGAAAAUCUCCAGAAACAGCUAUCUGAGCUGGACGAGGAUGACUUGUGCUAUGAGUUUCGUCGAGAACGUUUCACCGUCCAUCGCACUCAUUUGUAUUUUCUACAUUACGAAUACGAGCCUGCUUCAGACAACACCGAUGUAACACUGGUGGCACAACUUUCAAUGGACAGGCUCCAGAUGCUUGAAGCCAUCUGCAAACACUGGGAAGGUCCAAUCAGCCUGGCACUCUAUCUUUCUGAUGCAGAAGCCCAGCAAUUUCUGCGCUACGCUCAGGGCUCGGAAGUACUGAUGAGCCGCCACAAUGUUGGCUACCAUAUCGUGUACAAGGAGGGCCAGUUCUAUCCUGUGAAUCUGCUAAGGAAUGUGGCCAUGAAACAUAUCAGCACACCAUACAUGUUUCUGUCCGACAUUGACUUCUUGCCCAUGUAUGGACUCUACGAGUACCUCAGGAAGUCUGUCAUCCAGCUAGACCUAGCUAACACCAAGAAAGCUCUGAUUGUACCUGCUUUUGAGACCCUACGCUACCGCCUCUCCUUCCCCAAGUCAAAAGCAGAGUUGCUGUCUAUGUUGGACAUGGGAACCCUCUUCACAUUCAGGUACCACGUCUGGACGAAAGGGCACGCGCCAACCAAUUUUGCCAAGUGGCGAACAGCCACCACCCCCUACCGCGUUGAGUGGGAAGCAGACUUUGAGCCAUACGUCGUCGUGAGGAAGGACUGCCCGGAGUAUGACAGGCGGUUUGUUGGAUUUGGCUGGAACAAAGUAGCUCACAUCAUGGAGCUGGAUGCACAGGAGUACGAGUUCACGGUGCUGCCCAACGCCUACAUGAUCCACAUGCCGCACGCCCCCAGCUUCGACAUCACCAAGUUUCGCUCCAACAAGCAAUACCGCAUCUGUCUCAAGACCCUGAAGGAGGAGUUCCAGCAGGACAUGUCACGCCACUACGGCUUUGCAGCCCUCAAAUAUCUCACGGCAGAGAACAACAGCUAGCACCACAGAGCCCGUGUACGGGAAACAGGGACACCGGAGGGAAGAGCCACUCAGCGUGUGGGGCCCAGUCAUCAAAUUUUGAACUGAGAAAUACUUUCUGUUUUUAUAUCAUACUUGGCAGUUCUAACAGUAGAAAUUUGAAGUGACAUGUCUUCGGACUGUGCUCAUUCGUCCCUUCCCCAAUUACCCCAGGCCUUUUGGCUUUAGCAUUCAUGAGGUGUCUGCGAGUAGGGCCGGCCAGGCGCCCUCCAUGCCACUGAAGGUGGGGACUGGGCAGGGACUGGGAAUGCACUCCGCUCUCUUAACUGCAGAGCAAAGACAGACCUUCAGAACAUAGAAUUUCAUGUUGCUAUUUAAUAAUUUGACAUGCUUUUUAUCUGUAAAGGAAGAUCUUCGGGUCGCUGUCCUGUGAAUUUCAAAUCUGCACUACUCUAAAAGGGAACUUUCACCUGUGAACUUUCACAGGGGCCCUGUUAACAUGGAUGACCUUGCUAAUGCAGGAUGAGCCAAAGGUCUGAAUUAGCCUUGAAAACACAGGGGACAUUUAUACAAUACUGCACUCCCGAGAAGCUGUGUUACUGGUUUAGGUGUAUACAUGAUAUCGGUUGGUCUUUUAUUCUCAAAUUAGUUGUUUUAUCAGGAAAAUCCCCUAUACCCCACCCUGCCUUUGCCCCACUCCUAAAUGCUGCUCCUUUCCUUGCCAAGGAAAUGUCUCCCUUGUGUUUCUUCCCCAUCUUCAAUUUUGGUGGACCAGUAAAGAAGAUCAGUAGCUCUGUUAGAAAGUGAACAGAACUUGUCACUGUAAGGUCUGUUUUCACCAGAGCAACUUGUUCACAUGUGUCUACUAAGAUAAAGGGUCUGACUCUAACUCUUUAUCUUUUUCAGGCAAGAAUUGGAUUUUACCUAUAAGGCACAUUGUACCAGGGGAAUAUUGAUUUCUAGGCUCAUUUCAGUGCUGCCCAAACGUGAAGGCUCUGGGCCUUAGGCUUUAAGUGGACUUCUUUGCUGAACAGGGAAUAAAAACUAGUAAAAAGGCAACUAGUAGCCUUGGUGCUCUCCUGCUGCCUGCUGCAAGGUCUCAGAACUACUUCGUUAAAGGAGUUUAUAAUUAAAAGGAGCAGAACUGUUAGGAAUAAACUCCCCAUUCGAGGGGGAGAAAAGAAUGUGUUGGGAAUCUGAGUGAGUGUUUGCUUGAACGUGGACUGGUCAAGUUCACACCAUCGGUACACACAGGAGUACGCUGGAGGGCGAACAGGAAACCUAACAAGCAAAAUGCAGAAAACAAGACACUGGACUUUUUGCCAUUUUCUUUAUCUUCAGUAUUAAUGUUGUGUUUACAUGGGAUGAAGAGAUGAGGUUUAAUGCACUACCCCUUGCAGGGCUAUUUGUAAUUUCUGUUGCAAUGUUAAUAGAGAAAGCAGAAACAACUCAGUGAGAAAUGUGUUCUGUCUCCCUACCCCAGAUCCCCAUACAACCACACGUACCAAUACUACUGCCUGAGUUGGAAAAUGAAUCCACAUUGCGUUCUGCUCAUUUUUUUUCCAUUUUGUUUUUCAGCCACUGGAUCUUCUACUUUCCUCCCCACCUCAUCCCUCUAGAGCUUGGUUUUAUUUCUAACCUGACAUUUUGUGAGAGCUUUCUGUUACGGUGGAAACCACGCAGUUUAAACCAGACAUUUAAACUACAAAUACCAGUUCAUCAUUCUCUGUAUAUAUAAGAAAAUCCAAAAAAGGCAACAUCUUUGAGAAGAAAUAAAAAGGGGCGGGAGUCUAUGUGUAGUUUUCACUUUUUCUCCUGGGAGUGUUGGCUGUGUAAGAAUAUAUCACUGCAUAAUUUUCCAAAGAGCUUUUUUUCUCUUCUUAAUAGCUUCAUGUAAAGAUUUACAUAAAAAGCUAGAAAGGGCAGGGAAGAAGUGAGUGCUCAGUUCUGGCUAAGAUAUAUUCUUUUAAAAAAAACAAAAUCUUAACUCCCCAGAUCCCGUAUUAUUCACCACUAAGGGCUCAGGUCACUGUGCUUAUUGAGAAUGAGAAGAACCCUGCAGCACAGAGUCCUGUUGAUUAGCUAAUGUGCAGAAAGGUACCAACAGCUGGCCUGAGAGAGUCUGACACUGGUUAUACCUACAUAAAAUCUCCAAUCAGAGCUUCAGUGUGGCCACCAUUAUGUUUCAUGUGUAUUAAAAACUUUCAUUGCCAGAUGUACAUUUCUCCUUGCCCUGCAGCAGCACAACCUGUAGCACAGACCUGUAUAUUAUUUGGAUGUACCAUUAUCAACAUUCUUCUCAUUAUUCUCUUCUCACUGGUCAUGUGAUGAGAAUGGGGGGAGCAAGGAGGUAAUAAUUUGCUACUUGCCUGACUGUACAGUGAGUUCUGGAACCUCCGGGGUAGACUUAGGUGUGCUGGCUGGUGUAACCAGCUCAAAGAUUGGUAGUAGGUACAAAGAGACCCUUUUUUUUCCUUAUAGACACUGUACUGAUUUGUAUCUGUCAUGUCAUGUUUGUGCUUCAUAAUUUGAGAGGUGUGGGGAUUAGGUUUUUUUAGUACAUUUCAUCCAAUUUACCUAAUAGCAAGUUAGGAUUACAUGUCUGACUGUAACUGCCAGGGCUCCUCCAACACCAUGAAAGAAAACACCACUGACAACAACAAAAAUCCCCAACUUAGUUAUAACUGACUGUCUUCCAGUCCUCUGCCGUAGUAUUUGCUAGCAAUUUUGUUACUUAAUUAUCAGUUUUCUCCUGAAAUCUUCAAGAAAUAGCAGAAAAACCUGGUGACUUAAUGCCUUUGUUUUAUUGCUUUGUUCCACCAACUUCUCUCUUGAGUCUUCAGUCUAUGACCUCUCCUUAUCUCUGAUAUUUGGAAAGUGUGAGUCUCUCAUUUAGGUAUCACUCCAGCACCCUCUCAGUGAAGACUGAUGCAAAUAAAUCAUUUAGAUUCUUGGCAUUGUCCUUAUUGUCUUUAAUUCUUUCUUCUACUUAUUGUUUGGGGUGGCCUACCAGAUAUCUCCACUUUUCUGCUUUUGCGUACUGAGCAAAUGUGCAUUUUCAGCUUUAACUUCCUACUGUUUGCUCUUCAGACUCUCUCUUAGCUUCCUCAAAUUCCAUCUUAACUAUUACAUACCUUCCUUUCAGCUUUACAGUGUUUUAUUUCCAUUCUCUGAAGGUUUUCUAUUUGGCCCGAAAAACUUCUAAAAUUUCCAAUUGAGUCAUAUCAGCAUUUCCUUGUCUUCCAUUCAUCUAAGGGAUACAAUACUCCGUGGUUAUUUAUAAGACCCUUUCCAUUUUUAAUCUGAGGAUUUCAGUUUUUCUGUUCUUUUUAAUUAGGGUCACCAAUUCUUCCUUUAAAAAGAUAAAGAGGGCUUUGUUUUUAAAUUUACAUUGAAUUUCACCUUACUAAGUUUUGAGACUUUGUAUUUUCCUCUUUAACCUUUCUAAAUGCUAACCUUUUCCUAAUCAAGGGAUCAUAAAAAUUCUUUUGUUCCUCUAAAUUGGGCUCUUAUCUUGACACAUUUUGUUCUGUGUCUCCCUUUUCCCUCUCCACUACAAAACAUUGAAACACAGGAGUCACUCGAAACUUUUCAAGUCCCAAAGCCUGAACUGUGUAUUUCCCAGCACCUUUUGACAUCCCACCACAUUUCAGGCUUAAUUAUUAUUCCAAAUAAUAAUCUGAUGCCUGGCACACAGUCCUCCUGGUUUUGUUUUCAUGCUUCUCCCUUUGAUAUAACAGGCUUUCCAAGUUUAAGUUUUGGGCAAAGCACUUAUCUUUAUUUAAUACCUUAUUGUAACCCUCUAAUAGGUUUCCAUGAUUUUUCUCUGUCGUCACAGUAUAUAUAUAGCACCUUCAAAAGUUUGGCUGUAGUUUCCAUCCUAUCAAUUUCUAGCUAAGGGUCAUCUACCAUUUGCCUAUCUGGCAGACCUAGAAAAUGUCUUUGUUUAUCCUGGGUAGUCCUUAAUAUCUAUCAGAUUUUUUUUCCCAAAUCCUUACUUUUAGUAAUUUCUUCCAGGCUUGCUAGUUUCCUGUGUGAGCAAUCUGGUUCCACUUUACAAUUUUUGGUUUUUUCCCAUUUAUAAUCGUUGUCUUGGACUCUGUGAUUUAUCAGGAUUUAGCAGGUGUACCUGCAGUUCCAUCACUUUUGUUAGACUGAAUAUGACAUAUACUCACUAAAGUACUAGUAGACUUCAUAUCGUUUGUUGGUAAAUCAUAAACUGCAUUUUCCUUUUACUGCAACAAGCAGAGACACUUCAUAGUGUUAUUUGCAGUAGCUGUUGCAGCAGAGUAAGCUCUGUGUUAGAGGGAGAAGCACAAAAACCUUGUCAGGAUUGUAGCUACUGUUUCUCUCCGCAGGGAAAAAUAAGGCCCUAGCACAGCUGAACAGUUUUAUAAAUGCCCUGCACAAAGCACACUGCACAUUAUUUUCUGGUAGGUAUAAUCGUACAUAGUCCAAUUAAAUAUGAAAAAUACAUUUUUAAUGUUCUCAUUUUUAUGUGCAAUUCUAUCCAGAAGAUAAUGCAUUUCCUCCUCUAUCUUGCCAGUUUCCCCCAUUACUCCAGCCUGCCUAAUAGCCCCAUCUGUUUUCAGCUGAGGAAGAUUAAUGACCAGAAGCACUGGGAGUCCUGGCAAAUCAGCAGAGAUAUUACUCUUAGGCAUUGCUCAGGACAUUUGUUCCUACUCUGCCAGAUACUGUAUGGGUGUUCCUCAGGUUUCAGGGCAGCAACAGCAGAACACAGCAAGCUCAGCAAGUGGGGUGAGUGUCAUUAUUUAUGAACUUCAACCAAGUCUAAUACGUUCAAUGGUGGGAGUGUUAAAAAGAGAAUGUAUCAUUGUUAGCUCAAAAAAUAUUUCAAUUUUAGGAAAAAAAAAAAGCAUCUAAGUUUCUUCAACUCCAGUGAGUGAGACUGGAACAAAUAAGUCACUAGUAGACAAUGCCAGCCAAUAAUCUAGUAUUUCCACUGCAGUAUUGAAAAUGCAGAAGAAUUGAUAGCUAAAUUAAGUUAUUUUUACAGUAGUAAUUCAUAAUGUAUAUUUAGAUGAUGUGUUUACAUCCAAACACUUCAGCAUAUUGGGGAUUGUUUGAAGACUGCUACUUUGUUUCACGGCAUAAAAUUGCUUGGAAAAGCUAUUUAUUUGUGUUGUCGAUCAUAUGAACAUAUUUGUUCAGACAUGUUAGUGGAUACUCCAGUGGAAGUGUUAGCUCAUUGAGGGUGUCAGGAUGCAAAAGAUCUGAAGUCCAGGGUAAGAGCUUAGUAUCUUUUCAUUCAUUCUGUAUAGUUUACCCUCAUAUGAGGAGAAUAGUUUCCUUACUCCCACCAAAUUACUAUUUUUGUAGGGUUAAAAUGUCCUAAAAUUCUGCAGUAUGGAUCCGUGGAAGUCACUGUGCAGGUAGCAAAGGCUGCAUUUGAGAGCUCCAUGGUCCAUUGCCAUGAGACACAAGAUUUCAUUCCAGAAGAAAUAGUUCUGAUCUGGGGGUAAUUCUCUGACAAGGGAUUUAGGCACCCUACCCCCACCAGAUAUAUUCAAGAAGAAGUCCCCAAACACAUAAGGCCAAGUAAUUCAAGCCAAGCUAAGCCUGUUUCUCAGUAUUACAGCAACAUAAUUCUCAGUCAGCUGGAUGUGUGAAUUUUCAGCUUUAGCCAUUAUAUCUCAAGACUUGUGCAAAGGCUGCAGAGUCAGCAGAGUUGGAGGAUCUGAAAUUUCAAGUUGCUGGUGGACUUAGUGAUUUGCUCAUACGACUUCUUGCUGUCCCCUGGCACGUAUGUAAUAGGACAUAGUCUACACAAUUAUUUGCUCGAGGUUUUUUUAGAGGAUUUCUCUUUCAUUCUAUGCACAGAGUGAAUGAUAUUCAGGUGAAUGAAGCAGCUAGGUGAUAUUUCUUUUUACUUUUGCUUUCAUUGAGCUUUUCAUAAUAUGAUAGCAGCCUUGAUUCUGAGCAAAGUGAGACUUUUUUUUUCAGAGGAUAGGUAUAAACUGUGAUUUAGGAAAGUCAGUUAUCCCCCAUGCUCUCAGGCUUUCUAAGCAGAACACCUGCAGUUCUGUUCUACAAGCUUUUCUUAUUUGGAGGGAUCCUGUGGAGCUGAUGGAAAUUAUACAUUCAGAGGCCUUGUAGCACUCACCCCUAGCCUAUGAAUGCUAACAUCUGAACUUGCAAGAGUGAUGAAUCCCAGCUCUGUCCAAGCAUGUCUGCUCCAUCACUGGGAGCACUCUAGAGGCUAUCAGCAGUCUUGUCAGGUAAGCACUGAAAAAUGGAGUAAAUAAUUGGAGGUAUGAGGGGUUUGUUUUAAGUAGCCAGAUUUCUAGAGGAAUGAGGAAGACAUAAGCAUUCUGAAGUCCCUCUGAAGAUCUGUUCACAGGAUCUGUGGGUUGGACUAAGCUCAUUCUUGGAUUUGAGGCAUUUCUUACCCAACACUGGCCAAUGUGGCCCACCUGGAGUAAAUUCUCUGGAUUGUAAAAUUCAUGGAAGUCAGCACUGAGAUUAAACCAUUCUCAGCUCAAAGAUCUUUAAUUUGUUUCAUUUCUUUGGAUCCCCACACUGAUCUCUUGGUGCUCAGGAAAAAGGAAAAAAAGAAAAAAGAUAAUAGCAAAGAUAACAGUAGAGUUCUGACUACCCAAACUUUCUUAAAUUGUCAGCACGGAGGUCAAUGGUUGGGGCAAAGCUAGAGUUAGUGAGGUUCUUAAAUUUCUCCUUUUGAUCUGCCUGUGGAACUGUUGUUCCAGCAGAACUCUCCAGUGAUGCUAUAAGGAAAGGAAAAGCUCUCCAAUGCUGAUUGAUCCAUGAACUCUUCAUCCAGUCAGAACCUGAAGAAGCAGCACCACUGUCUGCUUUUGAGGUUUUUUUAGAAGGCAAUAGUGAGUUCAGUCUGAAAUCUAUUAUUCUGAUGAUAAAACUUUUCUCAGCUUUUCUGCAUUUUACAUGUAUACUUGCUGUGAGUGACAGGGGCCCCUUGGGGUUAGGAAAAGAUGGGACUCAGCAGUUUGCUGGUUCAGAAUGAGAACAAGAUAUGUGUAUAUUCUCCCUUGACACCUUGCACAGUGCUCACUAAUUAUAUUAGCACCAAAUAAUCCAGCUGACCUGAGACUCAGUGUUUGGGCUGGACAGUAAGCUUCUGCUGUGUUGAUAAGAGAACAGACAGAUAAGCAAAAUUAUGCUUUCUGUCCGUUACACCAAUGAAUAUUUCUAUAUGGGUUCAAAUGGCUCAUGGAAAGUUUACAUAUUGUGUUUUUCACCGUUAAGGUUUAUUCAAAGAAUAGAAAAGUCACUUAAAAAAUAAAAACAAACAAACAAAAAAAACCCUAUGAGUUCCAUAAGGAUCCACAAGGAUUAGCAUUCACAGAGAGUCACCAGUGCAAAAUAUUUUUCAAGUUCACCUGCCAACUUUUGUCAUGAAUGCAGAGAAUAGAGGCACCACUGUCUUCUUUCUGCUUAUACUUCAUAGAGCAAAACAAAUGCAUGUACUACAAGCAACUCUCUGAAUCAGAUCACCCAAGACACAAAUAUUUUCUGUUUUGUUGCUUUGAUUUACAUUUUCAUAUGUGAAAUUGAAAGUUUGCAAAAACUUUUUUAUUCAUAUUGUUCAAUUUAAAUAUUUAUAUUCACUGUUGAAUAUGAGUCAGCAGUGCCCUGGCAGCCAGAAGGGCCAACUGUGUCUUGGAGGGCAUCAGGCAAAGCAUCACCAGCUGGUUGAGGGAGGGGAUUGUCCCACUCUGCUCUGCACUGGUGUGGCCUGACCUUGAAUGUUUUGUGAAGUUUUGGGUGCAACAAUAUAAGAAGGAUCUAAAGCUGUUAGAGAGUGUCCACAAAGAUGCUGAAGGGUCUACAGGGGAAGCCAUACAAAGGGUGACUGACAUCACUUGACUUCUUCAGCCUGGAGAAGAAAAAACUUGAGGGGAGGCCUCACAGCAGCCCACAGCUUCCUUACAAGGGGAAGCAGAGGAGCAGGCACCCAUCUCUUAUCUCUGGUAACCAGUGACUGGACUCAAGGGAGUGGCAUGAAGCUAUGUCAGGCUUAGAUUGGUUAUUAGGAGAAGGUUCUUCACCCAGAGGUGGUUGGGCACUGGAACAGGCUCCCCAGGUCACAGCACCAAGCCUGACAGAGUUGAAGUG